CUCUGCGACAGUGUUUGUGGUGGCUCUCUUCUUUGUGCAUACUGGUGUGCCUGCGUGGAGUGACAUCAGCUGGACUGUCAACCUGAAGGUGAUCCUGGCUGGCUGUACCCUCACACGUAUCUCCAAGGAUUAGACCUCAAACUUCUCAGCAACACCUGACAACCGUUUCACUGUGCUUUAGCUCAACAGCUAAUCUUGAUUCUUAUACCAGACCCUCUGCCUCCAUCUAAUCCUUAUAGUUUGUCUAGUUACCUUUCAAGUAUCAUUAGUCCUCAAGAUGUCCACCCAGCAAGCCCCUUCCCACCACGAGCAGGCCUACACCUCCUUGACCAGAGGCCUGAAAGAGUUGGACAUUCGUGGCUCCAGUGUUCCCUGCAACUUGGUCCUGAUUGGACACAACGCCUUCCCUCUAGCCAUGAACACCCGAGGCCAGGUGCUGAUGGCUGCCUCCCUGUAUGGCAGUGGACGCAUUGUGGUCCUGGGGCAUGAAAGCUACCUGACCACCUUACCUGCCCUGGUAGAAAAUGCCCUGAUCUGGCUGAGAGGGAAAAAAUCUGAUAACCUGUGUGUGGCAGUCCACCAGCGUGUCAAGGCAGUGGCAGAUAACCUCAGCAGAUCAAGCUUCCAAGCUACUGUGGUGGAAAAGUUUCAUGAUAAUCUGGGUGUUGGAGUGUAUGUGACAGAUGCCUACAGUGUGGAAGCUGAUGGGAGAGACCUGGUGGCGUAUCUGAAGGCUGGAGGAGGACUGCUGAUAGCUGGGCAGGCAUGGCACUGGGCUCAUGAGCACCCUAAGGAGAACACCCUCCUUAACUUUCCAGGGAAUAAAGUGUCCAGUGUGGCCGGGAUUUACUUCACUGGUCAGUAUGCAGACGUGGGGCAGCUGCCAGUCUACCCUCAGAUCCCAACCUCAUUGCUGAGUGUAGGAAUUGGUAAGGAUUUUGAGGAUGACCUCAAGUUCCUUCUCCAGGGUGUGUCAGAGUUUCACUUCAAAGGUGGGAUACCCUCUGAAGUGCUGGUCCAUGGCCCACUGGCCUUCCCUAUUGGCGGCAAUGACCGGGGACAGGCUUUCUUGGCAGGAGCGUACUAUGGACGGGGUCGGGUCAUUGUGGUCACACAUGAAGGAGCCCUGGGGCAUCAGGAGAUGGCUCCAUUUUUGACAAAUGCUAUUCGCUGGUUGGAUGAGGGUCGGAAUGGAGUAGUCGGUGUUGUCCCAUCACUUGGUCAUCCUUUCAACCUGCUGAGCAACCUGGGAUUGCGCUGUGAGAAGACAAACUUCAGGAAAGACCUGAGUGUGUUUGUGUGUAAAGCAUUCAUCAGUGAUCACGCACAGGAGAUCCAGGAGUUCGUGGCAGAAGGAGGAGGCCUUCUGAUUGGUGGGCACGCCUGGUACUGGGCACAGACACACCGUGGGCAGAACCCACUGACAGACUUUGCAGGGAACCACAUCCUCAACAAGAUGGGCUUGAGUCUGCUGGGGGCGACACUGGCAUCAGGUUCCUACAAGGCUCCUGUCCUUGGCCAGGCCAUUAAAGACAACUACCACUUUCGCCACCUACUACACCGUUUUGCUGGUCAUGUUGUCAAAGGGGAGGCACUUACCAAGAAUGAGGAGUCGCUUCUUAAAAAGCUGGGCUCGGACUGCGCCACCUAUCUGCACAUGAAGGCUUGUGACUGGUGCUCCUACACGCAGGUGAUGUCUACUCUUACGGACAUCUUGAAGAAAUCGGGCAUGCCGCAGGUGAAUGAGAGCCGCCCUGUGAGCACCCCCAAGGACCACCUGCUCCUCAGUUUGUGGUCAGAGGUCUACAAGGCGUGCCCAGACCCUGAUGCCCUCCUGCCAUACAUCAUCAAGAAUAAUCCUGUGAUGCCUGUUUUCUCCAACUAUAAGAUCAAGAUUAAUGCCAAUACAGGAGGAGCUGAGGAGUGGCUAAGUACAGGUCUUUACCUCUCUCCUGGUAUGAGGACCAACAUGGCCAUGCCAGCGGAGAUUGUCAACAAGGGUUGGAAGGUCCAGAUCGGCUGUCAGACGGACUAUCUGAAGCAUGGUGAGUUGAAGAGAGCGCCACGUGUCGUCGAGCGCUUCCCUGUUACCUCAGAGGAGAUGCAGGUGUGGAACCUGUGGGGGGGGCUCAUCUACCUGGUGGCCCCACCCAAUACACAGCUGGAGGGCCCAGAGGUCAUUGUGCAUAUUGCCAUAUCUGCACCAUAUUACAAGUCUGGUGUGACGACAGCAGCUGGUUGGUCACUGCUGCGCAAAGCCCCGGCACCCUGGGCAGAACUGGAGUUUGAGAACAUCAUCAUUACCGUACCAUCAGAUGUUGUUCGGGGCCUGGAGUAUCCCAACAAGGUGGCGGUAGUCUGGGAUUACAUCAUGAUGGGCAUCGCUGACCUGGCUGCCAUCCCACACAAGUUCCCCCGCAAGGAACGCUUUGUGGCUGAUGUGCAGAUUUCCCAUGGUUGGAUGCAUGCAGGCUAUCCUAUCAUGAUGUAUUCAUCUGUAGCAGAUAGCUUGGUCAACCCUGAAAAAAUCGGACAUGUGGGCAUCUGGGGUCACAGCUAUGUGCUGGGGUGCAACCAGCAGAGAGCAUGCUGGGAAUUCCCACCACACACCACAGAGUGUACAUGCAACCUGUGGUCAGUGUAUGUGCAUGAAGAGGUGCUGGGGAUCAACAGGGCCAAGGCACACCCUAAUAUGACCACCAAUGCUAGGAAGAGUCGCACAGAGGAGUAUGUGAAGGGCGGCAGGAAUCUGGACAAGUGGAGAAUGUGGGUGGCCCUGGAGACAUACAUGCAGCUCCAGGAGAGGUUUGGCUGGGAUGCUUUUAAGAAGGUCUUCGCUGCUUACCACAAGAUGACCAACACUCCCAAAGACAACCCAGGCAAAAUGAACCUGUACGCCCAGACUUUCUCUGAGACCGUACGGAUGAACCUGACUGGGUUCUUCAAGGCCUGGGGCUGGCCGAUUGAUGCAGCCACUGAGGAGAAGCUGUCCAGCCUGCCUGCCUGGACUGACCACCCCAUGGUCCAGUACGGCUAACUGUGUCGAUUACGAUUGAUAGAGCUAGACCAGAAUCAAGAAAGCUCUUAAAACAUGUUGAUUUACAUCAGAAGCAAGAGAAAUUGUUUUUUGGGGAAAAAUAAAGGUUUUAAGUCUUAAUUUUGUUAUUGUAAUAAUAAUAAUAAUUAUUAUUAUUAUUAUUAGAAUUAGAAUUAGAAUUAUUGUUAUUAAUUGAUUGUUUUCAUUGAACUAUUUUAUUUGUUUCUGUGCAAAAGAUUCCCACAUAUCUCUUUAUGGUUUAGGAAAGAGCCCCAUGACUAUGCACUUAGUUCCUUAUUUUCCUUAUUUUCCUAUCUUCAUUAACAUUUGAUAUCAUUAUAUUAAAUACUGCUCUGCACUUAAACUUUCUCACAGACCACUGAGAUUAACAUGACUAGAUUCCCCCUUGGUAACUGCAGGUCUGUUAGUGCUGGGACACCCAUCUCAAAAGCUAUACAGCUGAAUGUUGUACAGAGAAAUUAAAUGACAAAUGCACCAAAAGAAACUGAGGUCAACAAAAUGUCUGUGUAUGCAAAAUAAAUCAAUGGAAAACUUUUUAUAUUCUACACUAAAAAAAUUAAUACAAAACCUCUGCAUCAUAGAGCCUGUGAAGGCUAAAGAACCCAAGUGCUGAAUAAAGAAGCAGGGAGACAGGAAUGAGGUUAAAAGAUAAUUUAUUGUUGAGCUUUGUUGCUAGAAGUGAAAUUUAGCCUCCUUCCUCCCAUUUCUCUUUAAUAUAAAGCGUAUGUUCAGACCUACACUGGAGAAUGCUGUUGUACAUUUUGGAGAUAAUUUUAUUGCAUGUUGUGGAUUUAGAUGUUGCUAAGAAUGAUUUGAUAAUACCUAAUUCAUCUGUUGCUAAGACUGUAUUCAGGUUUUGAUUGAAGUAAUGCCAAACUUGAAGGUAGCUAAAAAAAAUCACUCUUUUCCAGGUCCUAUUUUUCCUACAAGGAUUCAAAACUUGUGAAUGCCCCCUUGUGGACAAAUGUAUAGUAGUUAGUAAGACCUUUUGUGUUCCAUUUUUGGAAUCUGUCAUCAGAUCUGUUUGGUACAAAAUGGGAAUCAUAAGCACAACAUCCUAACAAUUUAGCUGCCUCUUCAAAUUUACAUAAUUGUAUUGUUUCCUGCCAGAUUUUCAGUAAUAAAUUGAACCAAUGA